UCGUCUCAACAGAUGCUCUCUGUUAGCAGCAGCCAUGGCCAAAUUUCCAGAGCAUUUCUCGUCGAUUCAUCGUCCUUCUUCCUUCGUCUGCUUCACUGCUCAACCACAUCUCCAUCCUCUGAUCUUCAACCCCAUUUCAUGGUGGAUUUCCUCAUCGAUUCCCUCGGAUUCUCCAAACAAGAAGCCAUCUCCGCCACUACGAAGAUGCGUCACUUGAAGUCCACCAAAAACUCUCAAUCUGUCAUCGAUUUCCUUAGGAACUAUAAUCUAUCCGAAAAUGAUGUUAAAUCCAUAGUUCUCACUCAACCCAGCAUCCUAUUGCGCAAAGUUGACAAAACUCUAGAACCCAAAUUUAAGAUUCUUUCUGAAAUUGGGUUUUCCGGGUCGAAUCUCGUUUCGAUUAUCAAAAGGGAUCCCAAUCUCUUGGCGAGAGGUCUGCAUACAUCUAUUAUGCCUGCUAUUAGGCUUUUGAGGAAAAUAUUGGGCACUAACGAGAAAAUCUUAAAGGCUAUUGAACGAUCACAUUGGCCUUUUUAUGGGAAAUCCUUUAGAACUAAUGUGGUGUUAAUGGCAAAAUUUGGGGUUUCGGGUAAGGAUCUUGAAAGGGUUAUACUUAGGGACCCUAGAGUGGUUAAUCAGAAUCCUGGUAGGCUAGAAGAGAAACUUGUUCAAGUUGAAAAGGAAUUCGGUAUUAUGCGAGGUUCAUCCAUGUUUUCUUACGGGAUUUUUGGCUAUUUGUUCACAGAAGAAGUCGACUCUGCAGAAGAAAUUUGAGUUGUUUAAGAGCUUUGGAUGGUGCGAUUCGGAUAUUUACACCAUUGCCAAGAGUCAACCAUUCUGUUUUACACAUUCUGAGGAGAGACUAAGUAAAGGGAUGAGUUUCUUCAUGGCGGAAGUUGGUUGUUCGCCGCUGUGGUUGGCCACCCGUGGCAGUCUUUUGAUGUAUAGUUUGGAGAAAAGGGUGAAGCCAAGGUUGUGGAGAGGCAUAAAGAAGCAAUUCCUGAUGAUUU